GAUUUAAACCCCAUAGAGCAUGUGUGGAGGUACAUCAAAACUCACAUAGGCCUGCGAGAAAGACGACCCACCAGUAUCCACGAUCUAUGGCAAGCAGUUCUCGAGGAAUGGGAAAAGGUUCCUGAAGACUUCGUCAGGAAGCUCUACGAGUCGAUGCCGGACCGAGUUCAGGCUGUAUUGAAGGCGAAAGGUGGCCACAGAAGGUAUUAA